AUUUACCAACACUGCCUUUUCGCGUCGUUUUUCUUAAGUGGCGCGUAAAUUAGCAAAUUGUUUAAAAGCAGUUUAAUAAAACACAUAAUAUAAUAACAAUGGAAGGAAAAUCAGUGGUUAGCAGGCAGGAACCGGUGCUGCAAAUGGAUAAAAAUGCGCGUCGCAAUUUUAUUAAGUUCCACAACAAGAUAGGCGAGAAACCCAGGUCAACGGUGCGGUUCUACGAUCAAACCGAUUGCUAUACUGUCCAUGGUAGCGAAGAUUGCGAACAGGUGGCCAAAAUAGUGUAUAAAUCGACUGCAUAUGUUCACGUGCUCCUGCCGGAUGAUAAAAGUGAAACGCUGCAGUAUGUGGCACUAUCCAAGGCGAAUUUUGAUUUGGCCGUCCGUGAGCUACUCCUUGUGCGCAACCUUCGCGUUGAGGUUUAUGUAAAGCGAACGGAAUGGCAAUUGGAAUACCGCGGAUCACCGGGAAAUCUGCUGCAGUUCGAGGACAUAUUGUUUGCUAACAAAGAGGUCUUGGUCGGAAAUAGUAUUAUUUCCCUACUGGUUAAACUAGAGGGUGGCACACAGAGGCGUGUGGGCGUGGCUGCAGUCGAGCAGAACGACUGCACAUUUCAACUGCUCGAAUUUGUUGACGAUGAUUUCUUUACGGAACUGGAGGCCACAGUGGUCCUGUUAGGCCCUAAAGAGUGUCUGUUGCCGACAGCGGAUGGUGAAUACAAAGCUGUUAAGACGCUUCUAGAACGCAAUAAUGUCAUGAUUACUGUGCCAAAAAAAAGCAGCGCCGCUGAACGCAAUGAUUUGCUGCAGGACUUGAAUCGCCUGGUGCGCUUUGCCAAGGGGCAGCAGGAGGAUGCCAACGGACUGAAGGAGCUGCAAAUGCAACUGGCAUCUGAAGCGCUUCGAUCGGCAAUCAAAUAUUUAGAUUUGGUCAAUGAUGCUGGUAAUUUGGGGCACUACGAGCUAAAGCAGUUGGAUCUGAAGCGCUUUGUACAUUUGGAUUCAGCCGCUGUUGCCGCUCUCAACAUAUUGCCCAAACCGGGAACACAUCCAUCAAUGCCCUCAUAUCGCUGGCAAAGCAUUCUGGGAGUGCUGAAUCAUUGUCGAACACCUCAGGGUCAUCGUCUCAUGUCACAGUGGGUGAAGCAGCCGCUGCGAAGUUGCGAGAUUCUUAACGAUCGACACAAUAUUGUACAGUGUCUAUUGGAGUCGCCGGAGACGCUAGACAUGCUAAGUCUAGACUAUCUUAAGCGCAUACCAGAUAUUUUGAUGCUCACCAAGAAGUUAAUGCGUCGCAAGGCCACUUUACAAGAUCUGUUUCGCAUAUACCAGGUCAUAUUGCGCACACCAAAGAUACUGCAGCUACUGUUGGAUCUGGGGAAUAGCACAGUACAGAGUGUGUUGUGUGCUCCUUUUAAAAGCUUCCUGGAGGAUUUGACUGGGCUUAAGCAAAUGGUCGAGCAGGUGGUGGACUUCGAGGCUAUUGAAAAGGGCGAGUAUUUGGUGAAAGGCUCAUUUGACAGUCGCCUCAUGGAGCUGCAACAUACAAUGACGGAGUUGUACAACAAAAUGGAGAAGCUGCAAAGCAAGUGUAAUGAUGAACUCGAUCUUGAUGGCAAGCAAGUCAAGCUCGAGAAUGUAGCGAAGCUGGGCUAUCACUUUCGCAUCACACUUAAAGAUGACUCUGUGCUACGCAAGAACAAGAACUAUCGAAUUGUGGAUGUCAUUAAGGGUGGUGUGCGCUUCACCUCAGAUAAGUUGGAAAGCUAUGCGGAAGAGUUUGGCAGCUGCAGAAUAAGUUAUGAGGAACAACAGCAGUCCAUUGUUGAGGAAAUUAUCCAAGUGGCUGUAGGCUAUGCAGCGCCGCUCACCUGCUUAAACAAUGAUCUCGCCCAGCUUGAUUGUCUGGUUAGUUUUGCAAUAGCCGCUCGUUGCGCCCCAACGCCCUAUGUGCGCCCUAAGAUGCUGCCGGAAGGCGCCGGUCAGCUGAGACUAGAUGAUAUUCGUCAUCCGUGCCUGGAACUGCAGGAGCAUGUGAGCUUUAUAGCUAACAGCGUGGAAUUUAAAAAGGAUAAUUGCAACAUGUUCAUUAUAACAGGUCCGAAUAUGGGUGGUAAAAGUACCUAUAUACGUUCCGUAGGCACAGCUGUUCUGAUGGCCCAUGUAGGAGCUUUUGUGCCUUGCAGCUUGGCCAUUGUCAGCAUGGUGGAUUCUAUAUUAGGUCGUGUCGGUGCCAGUGAUAAUAUUAUCAAGGGCUUGAGCACUUUUAUGGUGGAAAUGAUUGAAACAUCUGGCAUUAUAAGGACAGCUACGGAGAAGUCAAUGGUAAUUAUUGAUGAGCUCGGACGCGGUACAUCCACUUAUGAGGGCUGUGGCAUAGCCUGGUCUAUUGCCGAACAUCUGGCGAAGGAAACCAAGUGCUUCACUCUGUUUGCCACACACUUUCAUGAGAUUACUAAACUGGCCGAAACGUUGCCCACCGUAAAGAAUUGUCACAUGGCCGCUGUAGCCGAUACAGACAACUUUACAUUGCUUUAUCAGGUGCGACCUGGGGUCAUGGAGAAGAGCUUCGGAAUACAGGUUGCACGUCUGGCAAACUUCCCAGAGCACGUCGUCCACAACGCUCAAGAGGUGUACAAUGAGUUUGAGGACGAGCAUGCUGUCAAACAAAAUAAAGCGGACAAGGUACUGCUUGAUAAAAUUCAAGUUGCUAUAGAGCAGCUAUCAACAGCCGGCAACAAUACAGAGAUCAAUGUGGAGGAUCUAACCAUGUUGGUGGCCCAAUUUGCCAAGGAUAUUAAACAGCUGGACAGCGAUUACUUUAGGUCAGUGCUAAGCACUAAUGAGGUUUAGCUUACGAAGAUUUUUUUAACUACAGUUCAUUCAACUUAAUUAAAGGCUGAUAUAAAAAAGAAUUUACAUCAUAUAUAGUAACGUAUUCUGAAUGCCAUCCAUUAAAAACCUUUUAAUUUAUUAUAUUAACAUUUAUUGGUCUUUUUUCUUAUUAGUUGUAAGUUUUUUUUAUAUUUGUGUACAUGCAUCAGUUUUAAAAAUUUUUUUGUUAAACAUCAAUUUUGCAUACGAAUUGCUUUGAAAUUAUCAAAUAUUUCACUAUUAUUACUUUAGCUAUUUAGUUUAGUGGACAUUGUUGUAUAUAAUGUGCACACCUGGACUUGUUCUAUUCAAAAUAUCAUCCGAAUUCCACGUUCCUAAAAAUUAAAUUAA